AUGGGCGUGCAGUUCUCUCCAAAUCCUAAUAGUGUGUUGAAACUCUUUUCCCUCUCUGCAGGCCGCUGUGUGCACUCGUUCAGUGUGUUGGUCAUCAACAGCACCUGUGUGUCUCUGUCCUGGAGCCUGUUGGACCCUCCCUCAGUGCCUCUGUACAUGGUAGUGCAGUGGUCUCCUCAGAGGCAGCAGGGCUAUGACCCUCACAAAGGCCGGACUAGUGAAACAUGGGCCAGACUGCCCUACACCAAGCGUCCCAUCUACCUGAGAGGUGAUUUUUUAGGCUCAGAGGACUCUGGCUUCCAAUUGUACCCUGUGUUUGCUGAUGGAGAAGGGGAGCCAAUGUACGCUAAAGUUGCAGCCACCAGAGAAGACCCUGCAGCCUACAUGAUGCUCAUGGUCAUCUCCUUCCUCUCCAUCGUCCUGUUAAUUACCCUCAUCCUCUCCCAGAACCAGAUGAAGAAGAUUGUCUGGAAGAAAGUGCCCAACCCAAACCAGUGCUCCUGGGCCAAAGGACUAGACUUCAAAAAGGGUGCCACCUUUGACCUCCUGUUCAGACCUCCAGAGGGUCUGUCAACCUGGCCGCUGCCCCUGCCCUCUGAGAAUAUUUCUAAAGCUUCCAUAUUGGACAAAACAGAUCUCUCGGCUAUGAAUAAAGCUUUAAUCCAAGCCCCAUGUGUGUCCCUAACUCCAGCCCCUGCAUUUUCCAUGUCCCAUUUCCCUCCGGGGUUUGACACUGAGGCUGACCCGGCUCAACCCAGUGAGAGUGAGGGGCUCCUAAGUGGAACGUCCUUAGCCCUAAAUGUGAAUACCAUUUCCCGGCAAAGAAUAGAUGAGUUACUACUACCAGACCAGACCUCAGGCAGCAAUGACAGCUCCACUCACUCUUUGGUCACCUACGCCACGGUGCUGCUCUCUGGUCUGAAACAGGAGCAGCAGCCCUCUCACCUCCACUACAAGGACGGUAGCGGCAGCAGCAGAAGCUCAAGCGACGAAGGCAACUUCUCCACCAACAACUCGGACAUUUCUGGGCCUUUCGUUGGUGGCUUGUGGGAGCUGGACAGCUGCCAAGGUGGAGAGAUGGACGACCUGCGGCACUCCUGCUUAUACAACUCUGUGGAGGAGCUUUCUGAAACAUCAGAUCAAGAACACAAAGGAGAGGAGGAGGUGAGAGGAAUUAAAGACUUCUUUCAUCUGGGAAUGGACUUUCCAGCGGCGGAUGAGAAGAGUGAGAAAGAUGAGCAGAGAGGAAAAGAGACAAAUAUUGAGCUGCUUAAAAAUGUAGUUUUGAACAGAGAUGAGCGUGCUGUGGAGUUGCACCCUUUGCUCGGGCCUGAGGACUCGAGAGAGCUGCAGUCAGCGUCAUCGCGUGGCUUUUCUCAGCUGUACCAGCCUCAGUUCAGGACUGCUGCGUGCAUGAGGCAACUUGCUGCUCACCCACAAGACGGCUAACUCCAGCCGUGACACUCACAAAGACGACAUUUGAAUAAACAUUGCUUUCACCAAAGUGGAUUAGCACGUUCCUUCAGACAAUGUGAGGUGUGGAGCUAAGGAAUGUAUAAGAAUAACUUGUCUGAGGAGUGAUUGCAAAUUGAUAAGAAUCAAUGCUGCUAUUGUUUUCUGCGUGAAAAGAUACUAAGAGGGCACAAGCCUUAUAAAGGCAUUUCUUUCUUUCUUUCUUUAUGGGUUUUUAAACCCAAAUUUUACUGUGUCGCACUGCUCCUCGCAAUCAGUUACUUUUUAAGCUAUUACAGAGAGCAGCACAUGCAGUACAUUGGUCAACAAUGGAGUAAUUAAAGGUCCCAUGUCAUGCUU